ACCGCUCAUCUCAAUCCACACUGAAAAUCGCAAUCGCACUGAGCAACGCACAUCAUUUCCGAUCGUUUCAAGUUCGCAUCCGCAGCAAGUCAGCAACCCCUACCGACGAUGUCGCUCGUGAGGCGCAGCAACGUGUUCGACCCCUUCUCCAUGGACCUCUGGGACCCCUUCGACAACAUGUUCCGCUCCAUAGUCCCGUCGUCCUCCUCCGACUCCGACACCUCCGCCUUCGCCAACGCCCGCAUCGACUGGAAGGAGACCCCCGAGGCGCACGUCUUCAAGGCCGACCUCCCCGGCGUCAAGAAGGACGAGGUCAAGGUGGAGGUGGAGGACGGCAACGUGCUGGUCAUCAGCGGCCAGCGCAGCAAGGAGAAGGAGGACAAGAACGACAAGUGGCACCGCGUCGAGCGCAGCAGCGGCCAGUUCAUGAGGCGGUUCCGCCUGCCGGAGGACGCCAAGGUGGAGCAGGUGAAGGCCGGGCUGGAGAACGGCGUGCUCACGGUCACCGUGCCCAAGGCCGAGGGCAAGAAGCCCGAGGUGAAGAGCAUCCAGAUCUCCGGUUAAGCGGCCGUGGAGACGGACGGCGAGGUGAGCGUGUGCGGCGGAGGUCCUCCGGUUCGAGCUUACUUUGUCUGUCGUUGCUCUGCUUUGGUGUGUUUUGUGUGUACUGUUCAGCCCCGCCAUGGUAGUGCUUGCUACUGGUGUCAUGUACUA